GGGCGGGGCGGGAGGAGCCAGGCUCCGCGGCGGGAGGGGGAUCCGCCGUGGAGUUACGGGAAAGUUGUUCCGAGUUCCUGGAGUUUCCCUCUGCGGAUCCCCGGACUCGGCCAGCGGGUGCCCCGGCUCCUUUCCUUCCCUCCGGCCUUCGCCGCCCACCAGGCCCCUCCUGUGUCCCGGGCCGCCAUGGAGCAGCCGCCGGCGCCCAAGAGUAAGCUAAAAAAGCUGAGUGAAGACAGUUUGACUAAGCAGCCUGAAGAAGUUUUUGAUGUAUUAGAGAAACUUGGGGAAGGGUCUUAUGGAAGUGUAUUUAAAGCAAUACACAAGGAAUCUGGUCAAGUUGUGGCAAUUAAACAAGUACCUGUUGAGUCAGAUCUUCAGGAAAUAAUCAAAGAAAUUUCCAUAAUGCAGCAAUGUGACAGCCCCUAUGUUGUAAAGUACUAUGGCAGUUACUUUAAGAACACAGACCUCUGGAUUGUUAUGGAGUACUGUGGUGCUGGCUCUGUCUCGGAUAUAAUUAGAUUACGAAACAAGACAUUAACAGAAGAUGAAAUUGCAACUAUUCUUAAAUCCACUUUGAAAGGACUAGAAUAUUUACACUUUAUGAGAAAAAUACACCGAGAUAUAAAAGCUGGAAAUAUUCUUCUCAAUACAGAAGGACAUGCAAAAUUGGCUGAUUUUGGAGUGGCUGGUCAGUUAACAGACACAAUGGCAAAACGCAAUACUGUGAUAGGAACUCCAUUUUGGAUGGCUCCUGAGGUAAUUCAAGAAAUAGGCUACAACUGUGUGGCUGACAUCUGGUCUCUUGGCAUUACUUCGAUAGAGAUGGCUGAAGGAAAACCGCCUUAUGCUGAUAUUCAUCCAAUGAGGGCUAUUUUUAUGAUUCCCACAAAUCCACCGCCAACAUUCAGGAAGCCAGAACUCUGGUCUGAUGAUUUCACCGAUUUUGUUAAAAAGUGCCUAGUGAAGAACCCUGAGCAGAGAGCUACUGCAACACAGCUUUUACAGCAUCCAUUUAUCAAGAAUGCAAAGCCUGUAUCGAUUUUAAGAGACCUGAUUGCAGAAGCUAUGGAGAUCAAAGCUAAAAGACAUGAAGAACAGCAGCGAGAAUUGGAAGAGGAGGAAGAAAAUUCGGAUGAAGACGAGCUGGACUCCCACACCAUGGUGAAGACCAGCUCGGAAAGCGUGGGCACCAUGAGGGCUACGAGCACCAUGAGCGAGGGCGCCCAGACCAUGAUUGAGCAUAACAGCACCAUGCUGGAGUCUGACUUGGGGACCAUGGUUAUAAACAGUGAGGAUGAAGAGGAAGAAGACGGGACUAUGAAAAGAAAUGCAACUUCACCACAAGUGCAAAGACCGUCUUUCAUGGACUACUUUGAUAAGCAGGACUUCAAGAAUAAGAGUCAUGAGAACUGUAAUCAGAACAUGCACGAACCCUUCCCUAUGUCCAAAAAUGUUUUUCCUGAUAACUGGAAAGUUCCUCAAGACGGAGACUUCGACUUUGGUAAAGGAGAAAUAAACACAAACCCUCCAGUGAUGUAGUGGACAGCCCUGGCUAAGAGUUUAUGAUUACAGGUGUACGUGUGGCGUGAACUUGAGUGUAUGUGGCACAGGGCGCCUUCACUGCUCACGCUUUCCUUGUGGAGCCAACGGGAAAUUAAAGUUAAUGAGAAGCCCACACUUUGAAAUGCUUGCAGAAUUCGGGACUAUUUUAGUCCUCUGCCAGCUCACGAAGUCUGUACUGGCAGUCAUAUCCCACAGAUGGUGUGGCGUGUGUAUGCCAUCAUGUGAUUGUCUAGGCCCCUGCAGAAUUUUUAUCAGAUUUUGACCAUCAUUUUACUGAGGCAUUUAAGACAGUCAUGACCUUUGUUUUGAAAGGAGGGUGGCUUCCCCAAACUUGCUUAUCUACAAGUAGGAAAAGAAAUGUUGAGUUAAUCAAUCACCGGACAACUAAGCUGAAUUUAAUAUAUUCUAUAGGAAAGAGUCUGAACGGCCACACUGCUGUUUUCCCCCUUCGGUAUAAUUUAGUGGUAGAAUGAGCAUUUUGCUUUCUUAUUCCUAAAUAUGCUGUUUAAGUCUUCCAUUCUUGCAGAAAUUUUUACUUGCAGUGUCUACUGAAACAUUUAGAUAAUUUAGAUAAUUAAUACCUUAAGUUAAAAUGCACUACAUCAUCAUUUCCUUUACAAAUUAAAGUGAGCUGGCCUGUCCUUAUUGGAUUAAUUAAGAUAGAAAGCACAGGUGCAGUAUGUGGUUUCUUGUCACUGCGUUGGAAUGUGCUAAGAUAUUUAAAGCGCAUGGCAAAAAGAAAAUUGGCUUACCAAAAAGAGUUCUAAAAAACAUAAAAUCUUCUUAUAGUAAUUUUUUAACUGCCAUUUAUUUAGAAGAUUGUUUUGGAAAAUUGGCUACUUUAAAACAAAGAUAUUGUACUCCAAGCAUAUGUUAUGGCUAAUGUUGAUGUGUGAGGAUGUUAUUUUGACUCUGUAGGCUCUCUGUUCAUAACUUCAUUUUGGAUGUUUAGUCAAUAAGCAUCAAAAGUGAUAUUAAGAACCACUAGUGGACUUUAGGAUCAAAGAGUGGCCAAUAUAAUUUAUUGCCUUUUAAUUUCAGGCUGAUGCCCCAUGGUGUUUACUUCUUAAACCAUUCAAUUUCAAGGGCGUUGUUAGCCUUGGUUGAGGUUACUAGUGAUGUUUAUUUCAGGUUGUCUUGGUAAUAGUUA